AUGGCCGAUUCCGAGCGCACAGUGCUGGAGCAUUACCAGCUCUCAACCCCCUACCCCGUGGAAUGGCCAGCAGAGAAGGAUACCAGUGAUGCAUCGGAUGAGGAGGAUUCUCCCCAAGCCAGACAGAAUGGACUCCGGCGAUCCAAGUCGAGAUAUUCUGCUUUGGAACGAGCUGCGAGCGAUGGGAAAAGCCUACCUGGCGCACAAAAGACUGGAGACGGCGUGGAGAAUCUGGUUCAGAGAGACGAGCCUGAUCCUCUGGGGACCACCGAUAGCGUGGUGAGGGUAUUGCGGCAGCUGGGUCUGCCAGUGCAGGAGGAUACUCGAUUACGUAAUAGAUUCCUCCUGUCAUCUACAACCUUCUCCCCGGCGCUUUUCCUCUCCCAGGCCCAUUCAACAGCCUCUACGCAGUCUCUUCUGGAGGGCCUCGACAACCUCUCGAGAUCAAUUGAUCAGAAAUCUGCAUCCCUGAAAGUGCUGGUCGAGUCGAAUUUCGAGCGUUUCGUUCGCGCAAAAGCCACCAUUGAUAAUGUAUACAUGGAAAUGAAGUAUAGGGGCGACCCCCCUACAACUGCGCGUCCUAGGCCUCAUUCACGCCAUGCCAGCAGGAACAGCUUCCGGAUGAGUAGCGGCAAUCAGGCGCCAAUGACAGUAGCUCCUCCUGACAACAAGAAGAAAAAUGCUCUCACUAAGGAGAGUGAGUACAGCGUUUUGGGAAUCAAAAAACCGCUUUUAGAUGUGUCUGCAAAAGCAGAAGAGAUCUGGGGUCCGGCUCUGGGAGGCCGCGAAAAGGAAGACAACUUGAAGACUUUGUCCAUGACUUUUGAACGGCAUAAAGAACUCUAUGAAGUCAACGGAGCCAUUACAGAUUGCAUCAAACGGAAGGAUUAUGAAACUCUUGUAGAGGAGUAUGGAAAGGCAAAGCGAUUUGCAGAUGAUGCAAGGCGAUUGGCAGAGGGUUUAGGGACAACGGCCCCAACAGAUCCCCAGUUACAUGAGAUUCUGCUAGCUGCUCGUGUAUGGCAUGAUGUCGAGGAACAAAUCGAAGGUUUUAAGCGGGAUAUCUGGCGGAAGUUGAUUGCUACGCAAGAUGUUCCAACGAAGGGCGAUGGUGCUUUAAGUGGUCCACAAGACCAGCAUUUGGAAUUCAUAGGUAUCUUGCUCGAGUUGGGCGUCACUGAUAAUCCAAUCUGGGUUUGGCUCCUUAGUCGCUAUGAUCAUUUGAAGAACAAGAUUACCACAACUUCUGAACGCUCGAAAGUCGAGAUUGAAGUGUUUCGAAGGCGGUUGGCGAAUGGAGAAAGACCCACGAAUCAAGUGGUAGCGUCACAUUUACGGUCUCUGUCGCGCCAAACUGCAGAAGACAAACCAGCGACUAUAGACUCCGCAGAGGUCAUCGAACUUUGGGAGAAGAUGGAUAGCUACCUGAACAACAUGCUUUCCACCCAAGGAAUUCUUGGGGAGGUUAUGGUAUUCUGGCAGACCGUACAGAGUUUCAUGGAGGGAAAUGCACAGAGGACCUUACCAGUGGGGAUAAAUGGCGAGUCCCGAAAACACCACAGGCUGUCUGCUCAGGGCACGGUGGAGCUGCAGAAAGGUACGGUUGAAUUAUUCGACAUGAUAAGGGAGAGCGUAUCUGGAUUCUUCGCAGAUCCGCCCAUUGAAGAUAUUUCCUCUCUAUUUUCGCCUUUGCCACCAACGCCUAAUACACCAAAAUCCGCUGGCUCGGGAAGUUUUACGCCGACAGGACUUCGAGAUCCACGGUUUAAUUUUGAUCCGAAUAACCUACCGCCACCAUCACCCAAGAGAGGGGAAGCCUGGGAAAAGUUCGCGUUCUGGCCGCCAUGGUCCAAUUCCCUGAGCGGCGUCCACUACCUUGCCAAACUCCUUGUCUUGGUUGGGACUGGGGCCAGUGAGAUGGCUUCGGUACCACUUAUAGCAAAUGGAGAUGGCGCUGCGAUGGAGUGGCUAAGAAGCUUUGUUGGAAGUGCACGUGAGAGAUGUGUGACAGCAAUCUGUGCGGCAUGGAAUAAAGAUGCCGAGAACAUCAAGGUACUUGAAGAUUGGAGGCGAUCUUCUGAAAGGCGUAACUUGACCAGAAUGCCAGCAAAUUUCGGGGCAUUUGAAAGUGCUGUCCUGCUAGGAAUGCAGAAGAUUCUGUAUAUCUCUGAGGCGAAAGUAGGUUCUGCUGCGGUUGUUCUCCCACCGCCGGCGAAGCUGCUGCAGAUGGUUCGAAGCCAAUUCGUAACAACUCUCUAUAAGGCGCUGAGUGGGAUGGUUGAGAAUGCAGAAAGAGCAGUGCAGAAGCCAGAUGACGACUGGAUAGCCGAAGCUGAUGGCCUAGCAAGCCCUGUUGCAACAAUAAUUGCAACCAGCAUUGGCGCUGGAACCGUGGAUGCUAGUGAUAGGAAUGUUCGGAUGCUCUUGACACUGAGUAAUCUUCAAGCUCUACGGAUUGACAUCGUCCCGAACCUCACGACUCAGUUCGAGAAUGCAUUCUCGGUGAAAUUGACAGAUGAAUCGAAAACUAUCCGCGAUGUCCUAGGCCAGAUUGAUGCUCGCCUCUUCCAGUCUUAUACGCGCCCAGCAGUAGAAACUUUGGGCAAGAUAAUUCGAAGCGGUAUAUUGGCUUCAGACUGGGCGCCUGCAUCCAAUGAGAAACCGAGGGAGGUCCGACCGUACGUUUAUGAGGCACUUCUCAGCGUUGUCCUUGUCCAUACCCAGGUCUCCACCACAUCGUCGUCCUUGACUGCUCCGGUCCUUUCCCAUCUCUUGGAGCAGGCUUCUCGGGAGCUGCUCGAGGCCUUCAAACAACGGCAACGGUAUACCCUACCAGCUCUCAUGCAAGCAACACUCGACGUGGAAUUUGUAGCUCAGACUCUCAGCCAAUAUACGACAGACCGAGCAAGCGAGAUGCAGAGCCAGAUUUACCAGGAGCUAGAUAAAGGGACGGACAAUGAAGCAAGAACAAAGCUACAGAGCGAACUGCCAGAGAUGAGGGCAAUUUUGAAGAGGCUACGGGAGGGGAGUAGGAGCGAAUUUGCCUGUUUUAAGAAAACCCGCCGCCCGGAGAGAAGGCCUUCUCAGCCUCCACAGAAUUUGAUAUAG